UUCUCUUUGGCGUAAGAUACCUGAGCGACCGGCCACGGUGCAACGUCAAUGGCUCAUCUCUGGAUCCGUCAAAGAGAUAGGCCUCGGCGGAUAGAAUUGAUUGGAUAUACCAGCCGUCUGACAAGUGGACGCACGUAAAACACAGCACGGUCUGGGCUUAUUGAGUCUGCGCUAACAGAAAAAGAGGAGGUUCCCGAAUAGAGUCCUUUAUUUAUUUCUUUGUUUCCACUGGGGGGAAAUAAUAACAGCGACAUAUACCGCAGGCACUUCAUUUAUUAUAUUUGUCCGUAUACACAAGAAAACUGGAUAAGAUUACAGUGGUUACUCGAAGGCCAAAGCCAAGGGGAGGAGGAUGAAGCGGCGCAAUGCGGACUGCAGCAAACUCCGACGGCCGUUAAAACGGAACCGAAUCACUGAGGGUAUAUACGGCAGUACCUUCCUGUACCUGAAGUUCCUGGUGGUGUGGGCACUGGUGCUACUUGCAGACUUUGUACUGGAGUUCAGGUUUGAGUACCUCUGGCCAUUCUGGCUCUUCAUCCGGAGUGUAUACGACUCCUUUAGAUACCAGGGGCUGGCCUUCUCAGUAUUCUUUGUGUGUGUGGCGUUUACUUCGGACAUCAUUUGCCUCCUAUUCAUCCCAGUGCAAUGGCUAUUCUUCGCUGCCAGUACUUAUGUCUGGGUGCAGUAUGUUUGGCACACAGAGAGAGGUGUCUGUCUCCCCACCGUGUCUCUAUGGAUACUCUUUGUGUACAUAGAGGCGGCCGUCAGAUUCAAAGACCUGAAGAAUUUCCACGUGGACUUGUGUCGUCCUUUUGCUGCACACUGCAUUGGCUACCCAGUGGUCACGCUGGGCUUCGGCUUCAAGAGCUACGUGAGCUAUAAGAUGCGCCUUCGGAAGCAGAAGGAGGUACAGAAGGAGAAUGAGUUUUACAUGCAGCUUCUACAGCAGGCCCUGCCUCCAGAGCAACAGAUGCUCCAGAGGCAAGAGCGAGAGGCAGAGGACGCAGCAGCAGCAGCAGCAGCAGCAGCAGCAGCUAAAGGAAUAUCUGAAGUAGACACACCUCCAGUGUCACAGAAUGGCGCCCCAGCCAAUAAAAAGACAUCGGCAGCACUGCCGGAGUUAGAGUAUAGGGAAAAAGGGAAAGAGGGAAAGGGCGGCGGCGGGGAGGCUAAAAAGCAGCACAACAGCAUCCUGCCAUCGUCAGUGGACUCUAAACUCCAAGAGAUGGAGUAUAUGGAGAACCAUAUGAACAACAAGAGACUGACCACAGAGCUGGGCAGCACAGAGAACCUGUUGCUCAAAGAGGACAACAAUUCCUCUUGCUCCUCCUCGUCCUCGUCCUCCUCCAAAAACUACAAAAACGCCAGCAGCAACGCCGCGACGCUCAACUCCUCGCCCCGCGGCCACAGCGCCACCAACGGCAGCGUGCCCUCCUCCGCGCCGGCAUCCUCCUCUUCCUCGGGGAAGAACGAGAAGAAGCACAAGCUGGCGGUGGGGAAGGGGACGACGGGCGGCUCCCACAGGGAUCCCACCGACAACUGCAUCCCCAACAACCAGCUGAGCAAGCCGGAAGCACUUGUUAGGUUGGAGCAGGAUGUGAAGAAGUUGAAGGCAGACCUGCAGGCCAGCCGGCAGGUUGAGCAGGACCUGCGCAGCCAGAUCGGCUCGUUGGGCAGCGCUGAGCGCACCAUACGCACCGAGCUGGGCCAACUGCGCCAGGAGAACGAGCUGCUGCAGAACAAGCUCCAUAAUGCUGUGCAGGCAAAGCAAAAGGACAAACAGGCCGUGGGGCAACUGGAGAAGAGGCUCAAAGCAGAGCAGGAGGCCCGAGGCACCGCCGAGAAACAGCUCGCAGACGAAAAGAAGCGAAAGAAGUUAGAAGAGGCCACAGCAGCCAGAGCGGUAGCACUAGCAGCAGUGUCCAGAGGGGAGUGCACAGACACGCUGCGGCGGAGAAUCACUGAAUUAGAAACAGAGUGUAAGAAACUAACAUUGGAUAUCAAGCUAAAGGAGGACCAGAUCAGAGAGCUGGAAGUGAAAGUUCAGGAGCUUCAUAAAUACAAGGAGAACGAAAAAGACACAGAGGUGCUGAUGUCGGCACUGUCAGCCAUGCAGGACAAGACCCAGCACCUGGAGAACAGUCUGAGCGCAGAGACCAGGAUCAAACUGGACCUCUUCUCUGCGCUGGGAGACGCCAAGAGACAGCUGGAGAUUGCACAAGGUCAGAUCCUGCAGAAGGACCAGGAGAUAAAAGAUCUGAAGCAGAAGAUAGCCGAAGUGAUGGCCGUCAUGCCCAGCAUCUCCUACACAGCCGACACCGGCAGCAUGAGCCCCGUGACCCCCCACUACUCCUCCAAGUUCAUGGACACCAAUCCCUCCGGCCUCGACCCCAACGCCUCCGUCUACCAGCCGCUCAAAAAGUGAACGCUUCGUCCCGCCUCCAUCCUCCCCGUCAUUUGUAUUUCCCCCCCAGCAGGCCGCACCACCUUCCAAUCUGCUCGGCACGUCUGCGGCUGAGAAGUUGUUUUUUUUCCUCUCUCUGGUUUUUUAUUUUUCUCCUCGCCAGGUCAGAAGGAUGUUGUAUUGUGUGACUGUAUUUGUUGUAGUUAAAACAAAAGACAAAAAAAACUUUAAACGGACAUCACAUGUCAACUAGGAAGUCGCAUUUUUUUCUUUUUUUCCCUCCCUGUGUCUAGUGAAACCUCACAGAAUCGAGUAUGUAUCUUCAUCUCAAGGGUGUUGCGCCCCCCCCCCCCCACCACCACCACCACCAAUGCAUCCACCUGCUGCCGGUUACCAGGGGAAUAGCUUCCUUCUUAUCUUAGGUUGAUUUUUGCCUCCUAAACCUUGGAAAACCGAGUUCUCCUUUCAUCAUGCAGCCUGACUUGCAUCUCAAUUUCUUUGACAGAUUGUUUUCUCCCAAAAUAGUCUGGCGACAUCUGUACAACCUGAGGAAUGUAGUGCACAGCUGGCACAGACUCUCACCCCUUGUUCUGUUGUAAUUUAUUUUUUAAGGCACCAAAUGAACCCUGAUUUCAGCUGCUUUGAGGUAUGGUGGUAAAUCUUUUGUUUUUUUAAAGUGUAUUGCGUGGUUCUAUUUGUUCACUCUUUAAAGAUUCAAGUGUUGAUUGCAACAAGUUGGAAAAAUAUAUUGUGUUGUGAGCAGAAACAUAGACCUUAAAUGAUAUGAACCCAAGCAGCUCCUAAAGUCAGUCCUGAAGUGAGUUUUUGAGUUGAGGAAAGAGUGCAGUAACAGGUGUGUGUGUGUGUGUGUGUGUGUGUGUGUGUGUGUGUGUG